AUGUCGCGUGCCGAAAUCCUCGGCAGCAAUUUCAGCCUCGCUGAUCGCUCUGCCGGUGACCAAAUCGCAUUGCGUACUGUAGUCGCUUGCCUCAUUAGCAUUGCCUGGUAUAAUGCAUUGGAAUUGAUCGUUCUGUGCUUUACAACCUUCAAGCGAUAUGGCGGGUGCUAUUUUUGGUGUCUCCUUAUUGCCUCAUUCAGCAUUAUUCCUUUUGGCAUCGGAUAUCUCCUCAUAAUCUUCGACAUAUAUACCAACAUGUUCCCUGUGGCAAUGGAGCUAGUCGCUUGGGUCGGGAUGGUAACUGGCCAGUCCCUAGUCCUCUGGUCUCGAUUGCAUCUUGUCUGUCACAGUCAAACAGUCCUCCGCGCCACUCUCAUCAUGAUCAUCGUCGACGCGAUAAUUCUACACAUCCCCGGCUGCGUCCUCGAGCUCGGCAGCCAUUCGAACAAAUCCUACCUCUUCAGCACUGGGUUCGACAUCUUCGAGCGCAUCCAAUUGGUCGGAUUCUCCAUACAAGAAAUAAUUCUCUCCAUUAUCUACUCCUGGGAAGCUGUGCGAUUGCUAAAUCUCCGCCCAAGAGGCCACUACCGAGGCACUCUGGUCCAACUCCUGAUCGUGAACGUAGCCAUGAUCCUUAUGGACGCCGCCGUUAUCGGAGUACAGUACUCGGGCCUCUUCGACAUCCAUGUCGCCCUCAAGGCAAUGGUCUACAGCAUCAAGCUCAAGCUGGAAUACGCAAUCCUUGGAAAAUUGGUGGUCAUGACUGAGAUGGGAAGUCACAACUCGGCCCUGACCGACCUGUCGGAUUUCGUGGAUCUUGCUUUCCAGACCUCCGACACCCCACAGCCGGAUAGCGAUAGGAUCAGAGAAAAUCCAGGGUACGGCGCUCACAAUCGUAUACGAGCGCCCUCCAAGGGCUCGUCUGCUGACCCUCUAAGAGAUAGUCUCUCCACUGCCCAUAGUCCGAGUCCAAGCAACCCGGACUGUUGA